UCCUUGAACAGAUUUGGAAUAGCUCUCUGAUGAAGCACUGAGUCUACUCAAGAUUGAGCUAUCGCCAAAAUGCUUAACUGGGGGGCGACAAACACGGACAAUGAAACAAUCCAAUACUGCUUUCCGAACAACGAUUUGUCUUGUACCAAAAAUGUAAAACCUGGAGCUGAGUACAUUAUGAUGUACAUAUUCAUUUCUGCAGUAUCAGUGUUUACUGUGUUUCUGAACCUGCUGGUGAUCAUCUCCAUCGCUCACUUCAAGCAGCUCCACACUCCAACCAAUGUGCUGAUCUUCUCUCUGGCAGUGGCUGAUCUGAUUGUGGGACUGAUUGUUACGCCAGUACAGGGCAUCAAAUUAAUUGAGCCAUGUUGGUUCUUUGGGGAAAUAUUUUGCUCAGUAUUUCAUUUUAUUUUCUAUGUCGUUACUACAGCGUCUCUUGGUAAUUUAAUUGUUAUAUCUGUGGAUCGUUACAUUGCUGUGACUGACCCUUUGCGAUAUCCAGCUAGGGUCAAUACUAACAAAGCAGUUUUUUCUAUUGUUGUAAACUGGGUAUUUAACUGCAUAUAUUCUUUUUUUCUUUUGUAUGAGUCUAUAAUCUAUCCAGAGAAAAAUCAUGCAUGUAUUGGAGAAUGUAUUCUUUUUAUUAAGUUGGGCUAUAUCAUAACAGAUGUCAUAGUUACUUUAGUAACUCCGUGUUGUUUAAUAAUUAUUUUAUAUAUGAAAAUCUGCUUUGUAGCAAAACAUCAAGCUGAGCAUAUAAAUUCACUUUUAGACAAAAAAGCCAAAUCAGAAACAAAGGCUGCAAGAACCUUAGGGAUUGUUGUAAUGGUUUAUCUUCUUUGUUGGAUACCAUACUACAUAGCUGCUCUUACGCUUGGGCAAGACAGAGGUGAUGCUCUUGUAAUUAAUAUAAUGUACUGGAUUUUAUGCAUGAAUUCAUGCUUGAAUCCACUUAUUUAUGCUUUGUUUUAUAGAUGGUUUCGAAUAUCGGCAAAAUACAUUUUGACUCUGAAAAUAUUUGAACCUUCAUCACAAUACUUCAAUUUGUUCAUGCAAGAGAAAUGA